AUGGCUGCUUCGCGUCGGCUACGGGAGCUCCAAUCGCAGCCAGGUAACAAGAUCUGCGUGGAUUGUUCGCAGAAGAAUCCGCAAUGGGCCUCCGUCUCUUACGGCAUUUUCAUGUGCCUUGAGUGCUCCGGUAAACACCGCGGCCUCGGCGUUCAUAUAUCCUUUGUUCGAUCUGUGACGAUGGACUCGUGGUCCGAGAUCCAAUUGAAGAAAAUGGAGCUUAGCGGGAAUGAAAGAUUUAAUCAAUUUAUUUUGCCCUAUGGAAUCCCUAAAGAAACUGAUAUUGUUACCAAAUAUAAUACCAAUGCUGCAUCUGUUUAUCGAGACCGGAUUCAAUCACUAGCCGAAGGCAAACCCUGGCGUGACCCCCCUGUCGUGAAAGAAACAAUCGGAUCCGGUAAUAAGAGCAAUAGUUAUAAUAAUAAACCUCCGUUAGGUGGUGGGGAUAGGAAUGGUAAUUCUGGAAACAAUGCAGGGUGGGAUAGUUGGGAUAGUUAUGAUGAUGGAGGGUUUAGUGGAAAUUCGAAUAAUAAUAUUAGGAGGAAUAAUACGGUGGGAGAUUUUAGGAGUGGUGGAAAUGGGGGAGGUGCACCAUCUAGGUCGAAGUCGACCCAGGAUAUUUUUUCCCGGGCACAAUUGGAGGCAUCGGCUGCAAAUAAGGAGGACUUCUUUGCUAGGAAGAUGGUAGAAAAUGAGACAAGGCCUGACGGGAUCCCACCCUCCCAAGGUGGGAAGUAUGUUGGCUUUGGGUCAACCCCUCCUCCGGUGCCAAGGAACAAUUCUCAGGGGGAUGUUCUUUCGUCUGUUACUCAGGGAUUUGGUAGGUUAUCUGUGGUGGCAGCAUCGGCUGCACAGUCAGCUGCAAAUGUUGUUCAAGCAGGGACGAAGGAGUUCACUUCCAAGGUGAGAGAGGGAGGGUAUGAUAACAAGGUGAAUGAGACUGUCAGUGUUGUGACUGCAAAGACAUCAGAAAUCGGACAAAAGACAUGGGGAAUCAUGAAAGGGGUGAUGGCUCUAGCUUCACAAAAGGUUGAGGAAUACACUAAAGAAGACUCUGGCUUGAAGAAUGAUGGCUGGCAACGGAACGAGAGUGAAAGAAAAGCUCUGGCUCCUGGGACGAUUGGGAUUAUAAAGACAACAGGAAAGAAGAACCAUUUAAGGGAACAACAUCCCAGAAUGGAGAUAGCUGGGCAGGCUGGGAUGAUGCAAAAGAUGAUGGAUCUGAUAAUUUCUAUCGAAAUGCAUCUGAUCACAAGUCUGUGGGUUAUAAUGGAAAAUCGGAUAGCAAGUGGUCAGAGGGAGGUUUUCUCUAAGAUGGCGAUUUCAAGGGAGAAACACUAUAAAAAUGGGAUAGCUAGAAGUUCCAAAUUCUAUUGCUGCAAAUUCCCAAAUAAAGGGUAG